AUGGUCAACGCUAAACUACCUGUCGACCUCUCCAGGUUCAAGAGGCUGUCAUUCAAUCCUCGAAAUAACCAACUCAGUCCCCAGGAGAAGCAGGAUCUCCAGCAUAACAUUGGCAUCUUUCGCGAUGCCAUUGUCGCUUUCACAGCCACGGGAGCAGCGCGUGGAGUGGCCGGUCACACCGGGGGACCAUUCGACACCGCCCCUGAAGUGUGCACCCUACUCGCUAUGAUAAAUGGCAGCCCAGACAACUUCGUCGAUGCUCUCUUCGACGAAGCAGGCCACCGUGUAGCGACUCAAUACCUUCUUGCAGCCCUCAACGGGGACAUCGAUCCUGACCAUCUACUAGACUACCGCGAAGCAGGAUCUAAGCUUCCGGGACACCCAGAGUUAGGCUUGACCCCGGGGAUCAAGUUCAGUUCCGGUCGCCUCGGCCACAUGUGGGCUAUGGCCAACGGCAUCGCCAUGAAGAACAAGGACAAGACCGUACUACUUCUUGGCUCCGAUGGCUCUCAACAGGAGGGAAAUGACGCCGAAGCUGCUCGCAUCGCCGUGGCUCGAAGACUCAACGUAAAGGUGUUUGUCGACAACAAUGACGUAACAAUCGCCGCAAAGCCUUCCGAAUACCUGAAAGGCUAUGAGAUCGGUCGCACCUUGGCUGGACAUGGCUUGCACGUUGUUCGUGCCAACGGAGAAGACCUCGAUUCGCUUUACCCAAAGGUAUGCGAAGUGCUGACCCAUAAUGGUCCUGCUGCUCUGAUCGUCGACCGGAACAUGGCUCCACACAUCGAGGGCCUGGAGGGUUCAGUCAAGGCGCACGAUGUCAUCCCCGUUGAGACGGCCCGCAAGUAUCUUACUAGCAGAGGCUACAGCAAGGAGCAACUCUCAUUCUACGACGACAUCAAACCUAGAAGCAAUCCUUGGAAGUAUCGAGGGUCCUCAAAGGACAAAAUUGCCAACCGUAUGGUAUUUGGCGAGGCAGUCAAUAUGGUUCUUGAUGCUUUGAGCAAAGAAGAAGCUGCUCGCCGGGUCAUGGUGAUUGAUUCGGAUUUGGAAGGCUCCACAGGCCUGAAAGCCAUUCAUCAAAAGCAUCCCGAGGUUUUCAUCCCCUCUGGAGUCAUGGAGCGUGGAAACUUCUCAGCGGCCGCUGGCUUCGGAUUUAAAAGUGACGGCUCGAUCCAAGGCGUCUUCUCAACCUUUUCAGCUUUCCUCGAGAUGAUCAUCUCCGAGAUUACCAUGGCUCGUUUGAAUGAGUGUUCGGUUCUGUCACACUUUUCCCACAGCGGAGUCGACGAGAUAGCAGACAAUACUUGCCAUUUCGGCCUGAAUCACUUCUUCGCCGACAACGGUCUCAUGGACGCCGAGACCACCACACUCUAUUUCCCUGCCGAUGCCGAGCAAAUGAAGGCGGUUGUACAAAAGGUCUUUUUCCAAAAGGGUCUAAGAUUUAUCUUUUCAACUCGCUCCAAGGUGCCUCUCAUCUACAAAGAAGGUACCGAGGACCCGCUGUACGGUGAAGGCUAUGAUUUUGUUCCAGGCAAGGACGAAUUCAUCCGCAAGGGAUCUGCUGGGUACGUCGUCACCUACGGAGACAUGCUGUACCGCUCUCUGGACGCCGUCGAGCGACUCCGAGAAGACGGUCUGGAUGUCGGUCUUGUCAAUAAACCGACCCUCAAUACCGUCGACGAGGAUUCGAUCAAGAUCUACGGGUCGUCUGGAUUUGUGCUCGUGGUGGAAUCCAUCGCCCAAAAGACCGGUCUGGGGUCUCGAAUGGGCACUCAUUUGUUGGAACGUAACCUCACUCCCAAGUAUCUGUCCAUGGGAGCGCGUAAGGAAGGCGGUGGCGGUUUAUACGAGCAAGUCAACGAGCAGGGUCUCGGUCCCGAUGACAUCGUGGCAGCUAUUCGGAAGGUGGCAGGGAAGUAA